AUGACGCUCUACUACACUCUCGUAUUCGCUCUUCUCAUGUUUGAGAUGGCGCUAUUCAUGUUCCUGAUUGUUCCCCUGCCUCACAACGCUCGCCGUGCCAUUCUUACUUUCGUCUCCGAGAACAAGACCAUCCGUCAGAUUCAGUACUGGCUCAAGAUUACCUUUGUUUUCAUCCUCGUCCUCUUCGUCGAUUCUGUCAACCGUGUCUACCGUGUCCAGAUGGAACUGGCUGAGUCUAUGGAGCAGGCUGCUCGCGGCGGCGGAACUGUCGUCCUCGGCCACGAGCGCACCGAAGUACAGGCCCGCAAGUUUUAUGCCCAGCGCAACAUGUACCUCUGCGGCUUCACCCUCUUCCUCUCGCUGAUCCUCAACCGCACCUAUGUGAUGAUCAAGGACAUCAUCCGCCUUGAGGAGCGCGUUCGCGCCUACGACAGCAACAAGAACUUGACCGUCAAGCCCUCGGAUGAGGUGGCUGCCCUCAAGAAGCAGCUCGCCGCCAAGGAGCAGGACCUCCAGACGCUCAAGAAGCAGAGCGAGCAGCUGCACAAGAGCUACAACGACCUCGGUGACCAGUACGAGGCUACCCAGGCCAAGGAGGCCAAGAAGGACAAAUAG